AAGCGCCUUACGACAGAGCCCGGGGCCGCACGACGGCCGGCAACCGCCCCCGCCCCGGCGUUGAAAACACUAGGCUUCCCGGCGUCGAGUGAGGCGCCCGCCUGCGUGUUUGCUUUCCACGCUCGGCCUGCGUUCCCCGGGGGCGUCUCGGAGCCGCCGCGGCCUGGAGGGGAGGGCCAGCGCCGGUGCCUCCAGGCCGCCAUUAUCCCGGCGUGCACCGCGGCGGAGGGCCGGGCCGGCCGCCAUGUUGCGAUAGUUUGUUGUUUUCUUCCUGCGGAGGAGCAGGCCGGAGGGCCAGCCACCCGCCGGCCGCGCGGCCCCCCGCCCCCAGGCCCGGUCCGCCGCCCGCCGGCCCCCGGACCCCGCCCCCGCCGCGCGUCCCCGGGCCCCGGCCGGCCCGGCGGCUCCCCCCAGCUGGCUCGGUGGGGCGAGGACGAAGGCCGGGCCCAGCGAGCGCCAUGGCGGCCGCCCUGGGAGCGGGCGGAGGAGCCGGCGCCGGAGAUGAUGACUUCGACCAGUUUGAUAAACCUGGUGCAGAGCGUUCCUGGAGGAGGAGAGCUGCAGAUGAGGACUGGGACAGUGAACUUGAAGAUGACUUACUUGGAGAAGAUUUGCUAUCUGGCAAAAAGAAUCAGUCGGAUUUGUCAGAUGAAGAGCUGAACGAUGACCUUCUGCAGAGCGACAACGAGGAUGAAGAAAACUUCAGUUCUCAGGGUGUCACAAUUAGUCUGAAUACCACAUCUGGCAUGGUCACAUCAUUUGAACUGUCUGACAACACUAAUGACCAGUCUGGAGAACAGGAGUCCGAGUAUGAACAAGGAGAGGAUGAACUUGUUUAUCACAAAUCCAGUGGAUCUGAACUGUAUGCUCACGAGUACCCGGAAGAAGGACAGUAUGAAGGCCAUGAUGCUGAGCUGACAGAAGACCACAUCGAGUAUGUGGAAGAGCCGGAGGAGGAGCAGCUGUACAGUGAUGAGGUGUUAGACAUCGAGAUCAAUGAGCCUUUAGAUGAAUUCACAGAUGAAGAAUACUUGCAGGCUUGUGGGCAACAAGGGAUGAAAGAGCAGGAAGACUGUGUUGCUGAAGAGGAAUUAGAUGAGAUUACUGAUUCCCAUGUUGCUCCUGAAACUGAAGAGGGAGGCAUGGAGACUCUGGAGCUGCAGAAGGACAUAAAAGAGGAGUCAGACGAGGAAGAAGAUGACGAUGAGGGAUCUGGACGAUUACGUUUCAAAACUGAAAGGAAAGAAGGAACAAUUAUUAGGCUCUCAGAUGUAACUAGAGAGAGAAGGAACAUUCCAGAAACUUUGGAGCUUUCAGCAGAAGCCAAAGCUGCGUUGCUUGAAUUUGAAGAAAGGGAGCGACAGCAUAAGCAGGGGCGCUACGGCUCCAGGAGGGGAGGAAGGAGAGGAGGUUCGUCCAUGUGCCGUGGAGUGGGAGACCAGAGGAGAGACAACAGCGAGAGGGGAAGAGCUAAGGAUCACAGGCCCGCUCUGCUUCCCACACAGCCUCCCGUGGUGACGCACUCUCCAAGAUUAAUUCCUCCUCCGCAGCCGCAGCCUCCCCCGCCGCCGCCGCCGCCGCCACAGCCAAUCCGAAGCCUCUUCCAGCAGCAGCAGCAGCUCCAGCCCCUGCUGCCCCUGCAGCACCCACACCACCCCUCCCCUCCUCAGGGGGUGCACAUGCCGCCCCAGAUUGAGGCCCCCAGGGUGAUGAUGACCCCGCCUCCCGUGACCCCACAGCAGCCCAAGAACAUACACAUAAACCCCCACUUCAAAGGGGCCGUGGUGACGCCUGUUCAAGUGCCCUUGCUGCCAGUCCCGAGCCAGCCGAGACCUGCCGUGGGGCCCCAGAGAUUCCCAGGCCCCCCAGAGUUUCCGCAGCACACACCUGGGCCUGUUCCCAACAAUUUCAGCCAGCCCCCGCGGCUUCCUCUUCAGGACCAGUGGAGGGCCCCGCCCCCUCCGCAGGAUCGAGACCCUUUCUUCUUAGGAGUUUCAGGUGAACCGAGGUUCCCGGGUCAUCUCUUUCUGGAACAGCGCAGUCCCCCUCCACCGCCACCUCCUCCCACGCUUCUUAGCAGUGGUCACCCUGUGCCCACCCCCAGUCCCUUACCAUUCACCCAGCCCGGACCAGCGUUUAAUCAGCAAGGACAGCAGCCUGUGUUCCCCAGAGAGAGGCCUGUGAGGCCAGCCCUCCAGCCGCCAGGGCCAGUGGGGAUUCUGCACUUCAGCCAGCCAGGGUCCACAGCCACACGGCCCUUCAUCCCUCCUCGACAGCCCUUCCUGCCCGGCCCAGGACAGCCGUUCCUGCCCACCCACACACAGCCUAAUCUUCAGGGGCCCCUGCAUCCCCCGCUGCCCCCUCCGCACCAGCCCCAGCCGCAGCCCCAGCAGCAGCCCCCGCUGCAGCCCCAGCACCAGCCCCCGCUGCAGCCGCCCCCGCAGCACCAGCCGCCGCCGCACCAGCCUCCUCACCAGCCGCAGCAGCACCAGCACCACCACCACCUCUCUGUCCCUCCCCCGCCCCUGAUGCCCAUGGCUCAGCCCCAGUUCAGGCCUCACAUGCAGACGGCGCAGCCGCAGCCAAACAGCAGUCGGAUGCAGUGCCCCCAGCGCCAGGGGCUGAGGCAUAAUACAACUUCUCAGAAUGUAACCAAACGACCAAUGCAGCAAAUGCAGCCAACUGCUCCAAGAAACAGUAAUUUGCGUGAAUUACCUAUAGCACCGUCACACGUUAUAGAAAUGAGUAACAGUCGCUGCUCCUCCACACCUGCCGCUCAGGUAAAACCUGUCAUCAGCACGUCACCACCCACGAGGCCCGGUGUGGGGCCCAGGAACUUGCAGGGGAAGACUGACGUGAAAGUCAAGCCAGUUAGCCCCGUGGGUCAGCCUAAAGAGGAGCCAAAAACAGAACCAGAGUUUCCUGAUGAAGAUGAGGAAACGAGGUUAUACCGCUUAAAGAUAGAGGAGCAGAAGCGCCUGCGGGAGGAAAUCCUGAAGCAGAAGGAGCUGCGGCGGCAGCAGCAGGCGGGCGCGAGGAAGAAGGAGCUGCUCGAGCGGCUGGCGCAGCAGCAGCAGCAGCAGCAGCUCUGCCCCCCGCUGGCCCCGGCCGAGCAGGAGGAGCAGCCGCUGGCACCGUCACCCCCCAGCGGCAGCCCCCUGUUACCCUUGCCGGGGGCACAGGUCAGACCCAAUGUGAAAAACAGACUGCUCGGGAAAAACCAAGAAGCCGUCGUUCCAAAUGCUCCCCCCAAAACAUGCAGCUUCGUGCCCUCUGGUGCUAACACGCAGUAUCCAGGACAGCAGAUGAAACCACUGAAACAUUUGAGACAGGCCAGAACCAUACCUCAGAGUCCAGCUCCCCACAAAGUCCUGCCGGGGAAGCCUGCAGACGGGGAGGGGCCGCCCCCCGCCCUGCAGACUGCUCGGGCAGCGUCCCUCCAGGGCCGGCCCCUGGAGGCCAAGCCUGGCGCCAAAAGGACUGUCGUGCACCGGGCCAACAGCGGUGGCGGAGACGGGCCGCACGUCAGCUCCAAAGUCAGGGUGAUUAAGUUGUCAGGCGGGCAGGGAGGAGAGAGCGACGGCUUCCUUCACCCGGAAGCCCAGCCUCAACGGCUCCCCCAGACCCCGGAUGUGAGACAGCAGCCUGCCCGAAAGGUGACGCUGACCAAGGGGGCGCUCCAGCAGCCCCAGCACCCUCCGGUGGGGGCCCACGUGCACUCGGCCGGCCCUCCGGGCAUCAAGAGCAUCCAAGGGAUUCACCCGGCCAAGAAGGUCCUCAUGCACGGGCGAGGCCGGGGGAUGGCGGGUGCCAUGGGCCGGGGGCGCCUGAUGCCCAACAAGCAGAACCUGCGGGUGGUGGAGUGCAAGCCGCAGCCCUGCGUCGUGUCUGUCGAAGGUCUUUCGUCAUCCACGACUGAUGCCCAGCUGAAGAGCCUGCUGAUGUCAGUAGGACCUAUUCAGAGUUUACAGAUGCUUCCCCAGCAGCGGAAAGCCAUAGCCAAGUUCAAGGAACCAGCCCACGCGUUAGCGUUUCAGCAGAAGUUCCACAGGCACAUGAUAGAUCUGUCCCACAUAAACGUGGCGCUGAUUGUUGAGUGAUGUCUGGCAGGAGCGCCUGACCGGUACGCUGCACACACGCUGUGGAAUUUCUUCCCUGGAGCUGCCGGCGCGGAGUCCCCGCCCGCUCAGGCCCCCCGCGCGCAGCCCUGCGCGGCUGCUGUCCGGAGCCCGCCCCGGGGCCAGCGCUGGUUCCCGCAGAGCUGCGCUGACAGGCUGCGGCAGACUCGCGUUGGUGUUAGAGCGCUGCCCUCUGUCGUCACCACAAGGAACUACAGUUCUCGUUUUUCUUUCGUUUUCAAAGUGCUUACAAUGCAUGUAGACACUGUUCUUCGUGACCUUACUGUGUGAUCGGUUACAGUGACUUAGAGUCAGGAGCGAACAUUCACGUCACAAAUUCGCAGUCUUUUUCACAGCAAAGAACACUUGAUAAUGGUUGCGCUUAUCUUCAGUGCAGGCUAGAUGAGCGUUUCCUCAGCCAGCUUCACCUGAGUCACUUCUCAGAGGGCCUCCGAGGCGCUUGUGCAGGUGUAGGUUGAGAUUUGGGGUGAUGGUGAUUGACGGCUGCCUGCCUGGCACGCAGGGUGUAAGGGGUGGGAGCGGUGCCACGUAUGUGGCAGGUUCUGCUGCUGGUACGUAUUCCAGAAGCGCCAGAGGGAACACCCUUUGUCCGCUCUCCCCGAACGCGGCACCGUCGCACCCCGGGCUGAGAGCAGGUGUCGCGGCGCUCAGCUCACAGCCCUUGCCAGGCUCCCCACUAGGUGGGCUGCGCCGUGGACCUGCCAGGUGAGGGUGGGACCGCCUGCAGCUGUGGCACACCUGCCUGGUGUUUCCCUCUUCUUAAGUGCAGCCCCAGGUGGCAUAUUCAUGUCCCCGGCUCUGUGAUAUGUACAGAACAUCCUUGGGGAACCUGUGAUUAACGCUUUCUUUUCUGACGGGCUCUGGAGCAGGGUCGCACUGUCCUUCAGUGGACCCAAGAGUGAGGGGACGUUUGCGCUGGCUUGUCGCACUGCGUGGAGUGCUGACUGAGGGCGGCCGCAAUGUGGUGUCUUUGGGGUUCUGGGAAGGCUCCUUCAGGUGAGACGCUUGCUCCCCAGAAAGUCCUCUUAGUGAAAUUCACCCUGGGCACGUGUGGAAAAAAGUGCCUUAUCGUAUUUCUGCUCAUGAAGGGGUUUCAUUAUUUUGGAUUUAUUCUAACGUGGACCUGAACUAUUUGAGCAAAUGAUACUGGGACAUACUCAGACUUUUUAGCUCUAUUUUAUACCUAAGAUUUCCUGUCACAUCUGCUACUAGGAUUAAGGGAAAUAGAAGCCUGUUAGCGGUUAACACCUCUGCCUGGCCCAGCGAGGACCGGAUGUGAGCAGGAAGGCCUGCGCAAGGCUCCCUCUUUCUCAGCCUUCUUGUGGGAGCUAAGACACAGGUCACGUGAACUUGUGUCUUCUUAUUUUCACAGUUGAAAUUUUAUAUUACUCUUUCAAAUUAAGUUACCAGAACGAGAGGAGAGUAUUUCAGAGCCUGCGAGACUUUCUGUAGCGUUCAUUCUGCAGUGGCUCCCUGUGCUAGGAGUGAGCCUGGAGCGCGAAGGUGGGUCCCAGGAAACGAUAGGCACUCGUAGAACAAGUGGAAACACCCCCGGCGGAGGGGCCCGGCCACCCGUGUUCCAGAAGGCCCCCGCCUCGCCCUCGGGAGGUGUGGUGUGUGCCAGCCUGCCCCCGGGUGCUCCAGUGGAGCGUCCAGAUGGCCCCGUCCUCACACGUAGACACAGGUGUGUCCCUGGAGUCAGGAGUGCAGCUUACGUGGCUCAGUCUGCAGAGAGCAGCGCUCAGGUGGUGAGUUGGGCAGCCCGCAGGCACCACAUAGGAGAGGUGCAGACUGCUUCCCCACCUGGGGCAGCAGGAAGGCUCAUGGUUAAUGGACUUAUUUUAUCACCAAGGACUUAAUGAUGCAAUAAAAUGAGUUUACAAAAUUUUACCACUUUUUGAAAUAGUCUGAGUGUGUGGUGGCUUUGAAACUAAAAAUCUGCAUGUUGUCUCUGAAAAGGCGCCAUUUAGGCACACUUCCUUCUAGUUGGUGCUGAGAGACGGGUCCCAUGGGGCACCUUUGUUCAUGGCAGGCCUCAUGGCUGCUCUAAGAUCUGCUUUUGCCUUGUCCGAGUCUAACGGGUGCCUGGGACACGUGUGUGUCUGUAACUGUCUACACACACAGGGGAGUAAGCUUUCUCGUGAUAGAAUGUUUUUGAAAGACCAUCGGUCAAGUCGAGCCGGGCCUUUCUUAAGGGCUGGUUAGAAAGGCUCCCUGAGGUCACCUAGCACAUGGCCCUUGGGCAUGGGCUCUGCUAGUGCCAGCCAGGCCCAGGAACAAAGGCUUGGUUUCCUUGAAGGAAACCAUGGAGAAGGAAAGAAGCAGAAUUAGAAAGUUACGUUAUUUCCAUUUUUGGUGCAUUUCUCGCAGUGAAAUCAGACCGCCCUAAGCUGAACCCUCUUGGAAGAUCUGCUGCAACCAUUAUCUUUGUUCUUUAUUUAUCAUGCGUUUAAAACGAGAUGCAGAAGCAUUUAACAUACUGUGUAAAUAUGGACUUUUUAAAAUUAAAAUGUUAUUGGAAAUGCUUUCAACUCAGCAACAUCUUAGCUAUUUGUUAGUUCUUUUGUGUUGUCUUAUCAAAGUUUAAUGGAUACAGUUCCAUAAUUGUUGAUGUGUUCGUGUGUAUAUUCGAUUUUUAUAAAGAUGGUAGUAAGUCAAUA